UGGGAUUAUGGGGGGCGUAAUUGACCCAAUUCACUGUUUUAGCUUCCGAAGUUCUUGAAAAAUUUAUCCGGUAACCACCCCCAAAAUUAUCUUUUUUAUUUUAGCAGGAAGGAAAUGAAGAAAGGGAUUCACCCGCAGAUGCAAUGGAUCUCAUACGUGACACAAAGUGGCCGUCUGAUGCACGUAAUGAUGACUAAAAUACACCAAACAGGGAAAGUUUAUCACUUAAGAGGAAAACGACAGAUGGCUGAAAGUGUCGGUCAGGUUGCCAAGUUCAAACGUCGUUAUGGACAAGUGGAAGAGGAAAAGAAAGACGAGUCUAAGUGAACUUGUAGGUCUCCUUUUUGUUCUUAUUUCUAAAAUCUUGCAUAAACUUGGAUUUGUUCUGAUUUGUCUCUUGGUCUACCUGCACAAUAUGAUAUUAUGAUACAUUUGCUAGUAUCUUGGUUUGUAUACAAGAUGCUCGUUACUAGUACUUAAAUGGAUGUUGGCAUUUGAUA